AUGGAUAGUGAACAAGUUUUGGAUAUUAAAGUUCAACUCACAAUGCACGAUGUUGGAAAUUUGUAUAAUGUUUACUUGUGGAAGGAAACUGAAAAUGGUCCAAGAAAAUUAGUUUCCAAUCAGAUUUUGACAACUAUUUCAUCACCAAUUCCAAAGCAGUAUACUGUUAGAUUUACAUUCCUUGGUGAUCCAGAGGCAUUAUUCGUUUUUGAAUUUGAAAAGAGAACUGAGGCCUUCCUUGGAACUGUUACAUUAUCUGAUGUACAAUUAAUAAGUACUUUGGAUGUUCAAUUAGUUGAACAAGAAACAAGUCAAACAAAAGGUUCAAAUGGGAAAUUAAUUGUUGAGUUUCUUGGCGAUUCUCUUUCUUGUGCAUAUGGAAAUCUUGGAAAGCCACCAUGUGGAUAUAGUGUAACCACUCAAGAUGUUCAUCAAAGCUUUGUUGUCAAGACAGCUCAGUAUUUACAAGCUGAUGAGUAUCAUGUCGAAUGUUACAGUGGAAAAGGAGUGGUUAGAAAUUAUGCAGAUCCUUCAUCCACAUCUAAGGAUCCUUAUCCAGUUUAUUAUCCACGAACUGUUGCCAAUCAAAACAUUUCCAAUUGGAACUUUACAGACUACAUUCCAAGUCUCGUUGUUAUUACUCUGGGUGGCAAUGAUUUCUCAACUGCACCUAGACCUUCCUAUGAACAAUAUUAUGGUGGAUAUAUUAAUUUAUUGAACUUUGUUUAUGGAAAAUACCUUGCCAAAAAGCCUGACCUUAAAGUAGUUCUUGUUUGUGGCCCAUUAGAGUUCGAUUGUUGGGAAAAUUACACUGAAAGAGUUUCAAAUCAAGCAGCUCCUCAAUUUCCUCAAAACUCACUCUAUUUCCUUUCAAUGCAUAAUUUAUUGAAUCAAAAUACCGACAUUGGUUGUGCAUCUCAUCCAAAUGUUCAAGGAGAUGAGAAGAUGGCCAAAUUACUGUCCUCCUUCAUUCAAAACAAGGUCUUAUUACCUAGUCAUUAA